AUGAAGACAUCUAAUGUGCGUGAUCCGAUGCCUGCUGUAUUUUUCUUCGUCAUUGAUGUAUCCAUGAAUGCUGUCCAGACUGGUGCAACUGCUGCAGCUUGUAGUGCAAUCAGCCAAGUUAUUGCUGAUCUUCCAGAAGGUCAGCGAACAAUGGUGGGCAUCGCUACAUUUGAUUCGACCAUCCAUUUUUACAAUCUGAAACGUGCACUACAGCAGCCUUUGAUGCUUAUAGUUCCUGAUGUACAUGAUGUUUACACUCCUCUCCAAACCGAUGUUAUUGUUCCACUUUCUGAGUGCUGUCAACAUCUAGAGUUAUUGCUAGAGAACAUCCCAACUAUGUUUCAGGACAACAGAACCGCUGAUUCAGCCUUUGGUGCAGCUGUGCAGGAGUUUUCUUGCCCUUCAACUGCGUGUAUAUUUGUGUCUGCUAUAUCAUGGAACAGUCCGAAGUGUCUAUAA